UCCACUAGCCACCAAGAAAACUAUUUCCUUAAACACGUGCUAUACUCUUUUGAGUUUUGAGAUGGGCACUUCCUUUCCUUGCGCCUACUUUUCCCUGCACUUGUCACGCAACUUCCCUCAAAUCCUCGUGACCUACCUCCUUAUAAAUCCCCCACACCCCAUUCUCCACUCUCACACUUCACCUCCAAACUCAAAAUCAACCACAACAACAACAACACUCUCUCUUCUUCAAAUGGCUCUCCAAGCUCUUCAAUCACCCACCGCUGCCAACCCAUCGUUCACUCCCUUCGAAGAAGACACUCUCACUUACUUAGACACGCCUUGGGCUAAGGGAAAGCGUUCUAAGCGUCCCCGGAUGGACCAACACCCUUCAUGCACCGAGGAGGAGUAUCUCGCUCUCUGUCUCAUCAUGCUCGCUCGCGGCGGCUCUCGUGCUCCCGCUCCCAUCCCCACCGCCGCCAAGCCUGCUCUCUCCGACAACAACUCCGCGCCUCUCCCCGCCAAACUCUCCUACAAAUGCUCCGUCUGCAACAAGGCCUUCUCCUCUUACCAAGCCCUCGGCGGGCACAAGGCCAGCCACCGUAAGUUAUCUGGCGCCGGCGAAGACCAGCCCACCUCCUCCAGCGUCACCACGACUUCUGCCUCCAACGGCGGAGGUAGGACCCACGAGUGCUCCAUAUGCCACAAAACGUUCCCGACAGGACAGGCCUUGGGAGGACACAAACGUUGCCACUACGAAGGCGGCGGCGGUGGUAACAGCGCCGUAACCGCCUCCGAAGGUGUGGGGUCCACUCACACAGGAAGCCACCGCGAUUUCGAUCUGAACCUGCCGGCUUUUCCGGACUUUCCAACGAGGUUCUCGACGGAUGAGGAGGUUUCCAGCCCCCACCCAUCGAAGAAGCCCCGUCUCCAUCUGACCAUCCCCAAGAUUGAAAUCCCUCGGUCCUGAUCAAUUGAUCGAUCCAAAAAUAUUCAGUCUUUUCUAAGUUAUCUGGAUUAAUCCGUUCUUGUACAUACAUAGUACUUGGACCUUAUUAUUUUCUGGCUUUAGAAUUUAGAUUGUAAUUCUACAGUGGUGAUUCAAUUAAAUUCAAUUCAUUAUUUUUUACCA